UUCUUCUUUACUUGAGGAUACCCGAGUUCCCGCAACGGACUGUUUUUCUUGUGACACCAACUUCCGGUUGGUCUGCAGGGACCAAAAAAAUAGAAAGACCCACGCUCAGUCAUGUCGGGUUCCUACAAAAGCAGGAUUCAGGAAUUCAAUGCAGCUUUGACUGAAGAGAAGAUCAAUUUAAAGGCACUCCGUGAACUGUGCUUCAAUGGAAUCCCCUUUGAGGGAGGGAUCCGCGCCCAGUGCUGGAAGCUUUUACUGAAUUACCUUCCAUUGGAACGGGCGGUAUGGGAUUCCUUCCUGAAGAAGCAGAGGGAGCUGUAUACCCUGUUCCUGAAGGAGAUGAUCAUUCAGCCAGGCAUCGCCAAGGCCAACCUGGGCUUCUCCAGAGAGGAUGUGACUUUGCAUGACCACCCAUUAAACCCCAACCCAGACAGUCGGUGGAACAGCUACUUCAAGGACAAUGAGAUUCUUCUGCAGAUCGAUAAAGACGUCAGACGCUUGUGUCCGGAUAUCUCCUUCUUCCAGAGUCCCACGGAGCACCCUUGCAAACUCAUCUUGGACCCCCAGAACGAUUACGAAACGUUACGGAGCCGUGUGGAGCAGACCACCCUCAAGGCCCAGACCGUAAACCGCAACCGGCGAGGAGUCACGAACGUGAGUCCCCCAGCUCGGGUUCACGGGCCGAACCCAUCUAGCGAGUAUGAGGUUCUCCCCCCUGGCAGUGAGGCCCACUGGGAGGUGGUGGAGCGUGUCCUCUUUGUCUACGCCAAGUUGAACCCGGGCAUCGCCUACGUGCAGGGCAUGAAUGAGGUCGUGGGCCCUCUUUACUACACCUUUGCCACAGACCCCAACAGGGAGUGGAAGGAGCAUGCUGAGGCCGACACCUUCUUCUGCUUCACCAACCUGAUGUCUGAGAACAGGGACAACUUCAUCCAGACCCUAGAUGACUCCCACUGCGGCAUUACCUUCAGGAUGGAGAGUGUCUACUCCACCCUCAAGGAGAAGGACGCGGAGCUCUACCACAAGCUGCAAGAGCAGAACAUCAAGCCACAGUACUUCACCUUCCGCUGGCUGACCCUACUGCUCUCCCAGGAGUUCCUGCUGCCAGACGUGAUCCGUAUCUGGGACACCCUCUUCUCAAACCAGGACCGCUUCGACUUCCUCAUCCUGGUCUGCUGUGCCAUGUUGAUCCUGAUUCGGGACCAGCUGCUGCGUGGAGACUUCACAGCCAACAUGAGAUUGCUGCAGGACUAUCCCAUCUCGGAUGUGCACACCAUCCUCAGGAGGGCCACAGAGCUGCAGGACGGUGCGUAGCGAGGACACUGCAAUGCCGGUGACAGCGACAGCUUUGAUGCCCCAGUGAAUUCUGGGAGUGGACUCCCUGCGACAGUCAGAGACGUCCGUCCUGGGGCGUGCACCACCCUGAAGUGUCAUCUCUCUCGCCACAUGGAGGGUCUGACUCAAGGUGUCUAUUUGUACAGCGAAGCCUUGAAAAUGUAAAAACUUAAAACAAUCAGAAUAAGCACGAUGUCAAUGAUAAACAGUAGUAUGAUAGGACCAAAUAAAUGCGAGGAUAGUUCUUCUGAAAUGUGAUUUCCAAAUUUCAGAAUUGCCUAUGCUUUUUCAUUACAAUAAACAAGGUCACUUAAUGCUCAUAUUAUACAUUUUAAGCAAACAUUGUCAGAAAUGUUAACAUUUGGCUAUGAACCCUGGUAAUGAUAGUUGUGUCACUGAUAUGGUUUAUAAUGAAAUGUUCACUGAUAUGAUUUUUAAUGAAAUGUUUCUAUAGCAAAUUAAUUCUCACUAACUUAGCUUGAGUGUUUAAGAAACAUAACUAAUACAUUAUUAAGGAAUGUGCAUCUUGAUGCCAGUUAUAGGGGAAAUAGAGGAUUGUUGGGAUUCUGUAGUAUUACAUUGGCAUGGAGAUUUUCCUUUGGACCUCAUGCUGAGAAGAUAAUAGUUUAAAAUAGUUUAAAAUCCAGUCAUAGAAGGGCAUGGAAGGAGCAAUUCUCUUGAACCCUGCGACUUCACAUUGCAAAAGCUGAAGUGUUUUUUAUAUGGCAGGGUUCUUCAAAUAUGGACCUCGAUUCCAAAUCCAGGCCUUGUUUUCAGUUCUCCCAGGUAGUUAGUUUAAUAAUUACUGAUUCUGAUUGGUCACACCUGACUGACAGGUAAAGGAAGGCUGGAAAACCAGCAGUGCUCGGAACUCGAGGACCGUGAUUUGAAUAACCCUGUUAUAUGGAUAUUGACAUGCUGUCUUGUGUUAGCUGACCUAAUGUCUUGGCCAAAUGAGGAGCUGUAAACAGAUCUAUUGCUUGUCUGAAUUCUGAACACAAGCGCUCCCUCUAUUGGGAAGAGUAGGAAUGCACUUUUUCAUAAGAUGAUUCUUUGUACCACUCCUAUGAAAGUCUUCCUAUUAAAUUAUUUGUAUUUGUAA